UUAAAUCGGAUUGUGAAGAUCCAAGUCCGACAGGAUCCGACCCAUUACUUGCCCUACCAAUUAGCGUCCUCUUUCUCUUUCCCUAUUGCAGAGCUGUUGUAGUACACUGCUUUUAGUUUCAAGAAUCCAACUUUCAGAGCCUCAUUACAAAAUCAAGCAAAUACCCAGAUAAGAUUUUUUCAGUUUGGAUAAAAUGGCUGAAAUUUCUGAAGCUGAAGGAGAUAGAGAAGUACCAAUUUGCCCUUCAAUCCCUUCCGGUGAACAAACUGUUUGGGCUGAUGCUUCCUCCCUUCUACACCUUGCCUGCAAUGAUCUUCGAGAUGGAGAGCUCAUGCACGGGGGGAAUUUUAAUCUUUUUGCUGCCAUGUCUGCGUUAGAGAUAAUGGACCCAAAGAUGGAUUCUGGCAUGGUUCGUACAUACUAUUCAGUAGAUGAAGCUAUUGAAUAUGGUGCUGCUCCUAUUCCUUUGAGUUUUGACAAAACAGUUGAUGUUCAACGUACCAUUGAUAUUAUGGAUCAUCUUCUUGCUUGUGAGGCAACAUGGCAUAAGGGUUGUUCACUGGCUCAAACUGUUUUUUCUUGCUUAUACCUUUUGAGGCCUGAUAUAACGUCAUCCCAUGCACUACUACAUUCAUAUUGCAACGUCAUUCGUGCAACCUGCAAUGCGGUGGUUUCCACAGUCUCAGAUACACGUACAAAUGAAGAAGAAGAUCUCUUCACUAUGACACAUGGCCUUCCUCUAAAGGUGGAUGGAGAUGACAAAUGUUUAACAAUGCUACAUGCAGUUGAAGAAACAAUUGCUCGUCAACUACGGGCUUGUAAAUCUACAUUGUCUAGGAAGAGAGUUACAGAAGAUAUAGAACCAUUACAAAAUAACCCUGAUUUGGAGGAAGGAUUCUGCAAAGCUUUGUUAUGCCGAUUACGUUUUCGUAAGCACUUGUACCAUGUUGUGACAAAUAUGAAGAGACCACAAGGCAGAGGCUUGGAAUUGGCAAAGAAACAUAUUGCUUGUUGCUUUCAAGAGUUGGAUUCCACGAGUGAAUCAGUAGAAUUCUUGAGGUCUACCGUUGCACAAGGAACACUGGAAGAUGGAACAGAAAAUGAAACAACUGCUUCAGGUUGUCAACCUAUCGGGUUUGAUUCUACUUUAAACAGUAGAUUGUCAGCUCCAACUCCACCUCGUGCUAUCCAGACAAUUAGGUGGAAGAAGGCAGUUGAAUAUUUCCAAAAGCUUCUUCAUGAGCUAGAGAUCAUAUGUUCCUACAAUAUGGAUCCAGUCUUUGAAGGUGUUUUACGAUUUGUGGUCGAGUUUCAAAAGUUUCAACCGGAAUUGGUUGCUAGAGCUCAUCUCCAGGUAAGUUUCUAGCACAUGUAAAUUCUAAUGGAUUCUUAGAGUUAAUCGAGGAGUAUUCUUAAAUUUAAGCCUAGCUGUUAAGCCAUGAAAUUGAACUGUAAAUGACUGAAGGUUUAUAUUUUUAUGCUCCUAAUGUCAUUGUGCACCGCAAUGAUUUUGCAAACAUAUGCACAUAAUAACUUCCGUUUUCAUGCUAAUGCAUCUUGCUAUGUGUCGCAACGGCAUGAGUGGAAAUUUGCACAUCAACAAGGACUUUUAUUAAGCUACUAUAUGCUUAUCUUUUCUCUAAAAGUUUUUGGGGAACUCUGAUGUUCAAUUUUAAUAAAAGUUUUUGCAUAGUAUUUAAUGAUUACCAGAACCUUAUUUUUUCUAAUAAGGUAAAACAAUUUUAUCGACGAUGGGAAGAAAAACUCCCGUAUACAAGUGAUUCACCAAAAAGUAGAGAAUUUACGAAGAAAUAUGAUUCUCUGCGAAGACGCCCAAUUUUCUUGUGCAAAUUGGGAUGUCAUGGAUGCACCUAAAAGAAAUGAGGGACAAGAGGCUAUUCCUUAAAUAUUGUACAAGAUUAUUUUUUACCCUUUAAAAACUCUUAUAUUUCCUUCUUUCUUUUCAUACAACCAAAAUGAGUGCUAGUCGAGCUACAUCUUACGCCCUUUGUCUUCUAAAGCCCAGCUGAAUAGUGCCUCCUUCAUUGGCGUGGCAUCAACUAUUGUAGCCUGAACCAUCAAAAAAUCUUUCACCAUAAACGAGAUACUAUCUGACAAUGUAAAAGAAGAUGGUCCACAUCUUCAUCCGAACUCUAGCGCAUAAAACACCAGCCGUUAUAUGUAAUCAUCGUAUUCCUCAAGUUUUCAGCUGUUAAAAUUGCUCCCGUUGCUGCCAACAAAGUGAAGAAAUGCCAACAAGGUGUCAAAAGAAAACUGACAGUACCUGCCACUUGCUCCUACACUGUGAGGUGGCUUCAGACAUAUGGUACAUGUUUUUUUGCCUUUUUGGUCUCAAAUGGGUCACCCCUUACACAGUCAAGGAUGCUUAUAAGAGCUGGAGUUUAUGGAGAGUUGAUAAGGCCAUCGGAAAAAUCUGGUCAAUGGUCCCUGCUUGUAUUUUUUGGUGCAUUUGAACAGAGAGAAACAAGAGAUGUUUUGGUGGAAACUCAACUCCUAUAGGUUCUUUAAAGGCUCUGUGUAUUGCCAAUUUGUUUUGUUGGUCUAGACUGUACCCUAUCAACAAUAUUGAUCAUCUUUUGGAUUUCAUUAGUUCCUUAACUCUGGCUUAGCCAAUUAUGUAUAGGAGCCGGAAUAUUUUUUGUAAGCUCAAAUGCCAAAUCAUGUACUUCUUGCAUCUUCUUCAUGCCAUCUAUUGAAAUCACUUACUUUAU